UUUCUUUCUAUCCCUCUCUUCCUGGAUUUCAGCUACAGGCCACGCUUCUGAUCUAGUGAGACUCUUCGACCCCUCGUCGUCUCCAUCAUGACCGACCCUGCCGCGGACCUCCCGUUCUUCUAUGGCAGCAUCAGUCGCUCGGAGGCCGAGGACCACUUGAAACUGGCUGGCAUGGGAGAUGGCCUCUUUCUCCUGCGCCAGUGUCUCCGCAGCUUGGGUGGCUAUGUCCUGUCCUUGGUCUGGAACCUUGAGUUCUACCAUUACUCCAUAGAGAAACAGUUGAAUGGCACGUAUUGCAUCGCGGGUGGGAAGCCUCACUGUGGACCUGCUGAGCUCUGUGAGUACUACAGCAAAGACCCAGAUGGGCUCGUGUGCACCUUGAGGAAACCCUGCCUGCGAUCAGCCGAAACAGUAAUCAAGACGGGCGUCUUUGACAGCCUGAGGGACAAUAUGCUCAGGGAAUAUGUGCGUCACACCUGGAACCUGGAGGGGGAGGCCAUGGAGCAAGCCAUCAUAAGCCAGGCCCCACAGCUAGAAAAACUGAUUGCCACCACAGCGCAUGAGAAAAUGCCCUGGUUCCAUGGCAAGGUCCCUCGGCAGGAGGGUGAGAGACUACUGUACUCAGGUUCUCAGCCGGAUGGAAAGUUCCUAGUUCGAGAGAGAGAAGAAUUUGGCACCUAUGCGCUGUCAGUGACAUACGGAAAAACUGUAUACCAUUAUCAGAUCUUACACGACAAAUCAGGGAAAUACGCAAUGCCAGAAGGAACUAAAUUUGACACUGUGUGGCAGCUGGUUGAAUAUUUAAAGAUGAAGCCUGAUGGUCUUGUGACUGUACUGAGAGAACCGUGUAUCAACCAAAACAAUGCACCAGCAGCUCUUGUAAACGCUCCGAGAAGACAGAGAGGUAAUGGAUACACACCGCCCCCUAUGGUGCCUUUUGGAUCCGAUUUUCCACGUCCAUCUUUGCCCAUGGACCAUGAUGCAUUCACCAGUCCUUAUGAUGAUCCAAAUGAAUGCAAGAAGAAGACCCUGUUCAUCAAGAGAGACAAGCUCAUGGUGGACGAGGUGGAGCUUGGUUCGGGCAACUUCGGCUGUGUCAAGAAAGGUGUCUUCAAAAUGGAAAGCAAACAGAUUGAUGUGGCAAUUAAAGUGUUGAAGAACGAGAAUGAAAAAUCAGUAAAAGAUGAAAUGAUGCGAGAGGCCCAUAUUAUGCAUCAGCUGAGUGACCCGUUCAUCGUGCGCAUGAUUGGACUCUGUGAGGCCGAAGCGCUCAUGUUGGUGAUGGAGAUGGCCCCCGGUGGCCCGCUCAACAAGUUUCUCUCUAGCAAGAAGGACACGAUCACUACUGAAAACAUUGUGAUGUUAAUGCAUCAGGUCUCAAUGGGGAUGAAGUAUUUAGAAGGAAGGAACUUUGUGCACAGAGACCUGGCUGCACGUAAUGUACUAUUGGUCAACCAGCAAUAUGCCAAAAUCAGUGACUUCGGCCUCUCGAAGGCACUGGGUGCAGAUGACAACUAUUACAAGGCCCGGACAGGUGGAAAAUGGCCUCUGAAGUGGUAUGCGCCAGAGUGCAUUCAUUUUCACAAGUUUUCCAGCAAAAGUGAUGUUUGGAGCUUUGGCAUUACGAUGUGGGAGGCCUUCUCCUUUGGAGGGAAGCCUUAUAAGAAAAUGAAAGGCCCAGAAGUAAUGAGUUUUCUUGAAAGUGGUAGCCGUAUGGAUUGCCCUGCUGGAUGUCCUGAGACCAUGUAUGAACUGAUGAAAGAAUGCUGGACAUACAAGCAUGAAGAACGGCCAGGCUUUGUCAAAGUGGAGGAGAAGAUGAGAACUUUCUAUUACUCCAUUUGCAAAAAGAUACCGGAUUACAUGAAAACAGAGAAUGGAAAGCCUCCUAACUGAUCAGAGGGGCAAAUGGAAACAUUUCAAGCCAGGACAGAAUGAAAACAUCAGAAAAUCUGUUUUAAAAUAUAUGUUACUGUAAUAUUAUGUCUAUCAAACUAUCUGACUGAGCAAUGCAAGUAAUCUUUUUUUUAAUUAUUAGCUUGUCACUAUCAGUGCUCAUAAUACUAUUUUCAGCCAGUGCCUAUUUACUAUUUAAAUAUGUUAUAUAAUAGUUGGUUAUCAAAAGAAAAUACUUUUUCCCUGCAAAAGUUUUUCAGUUAAUGAAAUCAGAUGGAUGUAUUUUCUCCACCCAUUAACACUUUCAAGAUGAAAGUACAUAUUUACUCAAACCUUAUGGUCUUGUUCUCUUUGUUAAAUAUUCUGUGAUGGUAUGUUUCCUGUUAUUCUUUUUGUUUAACAACAUAUAUAUGUUCUCAAACUUUUGUAUUUUAAUUAAUUUUGUAUUGUAACAAUUCUUGAGUUUUCAAACUUGCAAUAAACUGCACAUGCCUCA